AUGGGAGGAGUAUGGGAACGUCUCACACGGUGCGUGAAGACGGCACUAUACACCGUCCUUCAUGAGAGACAUCCGCAUGAGGAAGUAUUAGCCACGCUGCUCUGCGAGGUGGAGUACACAGUAAAUAGCAGACCAUUGACUCACAUCUCUGUAGACAGCGACGACGACGAAUCCAUCACUCCGAAUCACUUCCUUUUAGGAGGAUCUGCGAGAUUACCGACACCUGGAGUAUUUGAUGAGAAGGAUAUGAAUAGCAAAAGACACUGGCGACGCUCCCAGAUACUCGCUGACAUGUUCUGGCAGCGUUGGGUGCGAGAGUAUUUACCGGAACUUCAAAACCGGCGGGAGGCCCAUGGGCGAGGUCUCAAUCUCCAAGUGGGCGAUCCAGUCCUCAUAGCUGACGGCCAGUUACCUCGUAACACCUGGCCACGAGGGAGGGUGGAAGCUGUCUACCCCGGUGCGGACGGACAGAUCCGCACUGUGGAGGUACGCACAGCAAACGGCCUAAUCAAGAGGCCAACCAGGAAACUCGUGCCGCUGCCGAAGUGGAAGCAACGUCGCUCACCGAAAUGGAUGCAGCGCCGCUGUGAGAAAAUCGUCGCGACGCUGCACGGCGGGAGAGAUGUUCGCGACGGCCUAACAACCUUAAGAACAAAGUUAUAA